UCGCCAUGCUCGUUCUUCAGGCACUGGGGCUCUCAGGAUCGCAUGGGACGCAGCAGCUUGCCGAUCUGGCCAGUCCGUAUACAUUGUGGUUCAAGGUUCAAGUCGGCAUGUUUGCAACGGCGAUGCUGCGAGGUAUUGCCGUUAUCUGGGGUCCAGCUGCGAAUGUUUGACAGUUGAUAUGUUUUCCGUGUGCGAGCGGUGAUCGUUGGAGAUGUUUGUGCCGAUAGCUCUUUCUGGGUUGCGAGUUGUUUUCUUGAAGUGCGUGUGUUGCCGCAAACGGCGACCGCAUUUGGUCGGUAGCGGGACGUUGGUGCGUCGUCGAUCUUUUCUGCCCCUCUGGACAGCAUGCUGCUCUCGAGCGGUGGGGCUGCUCGUCCCUCGCGCUUGGAGCGCGUGCUGUGGAUGAAUCUGGACCGCAGGCAGGACCGCGCAGAGUCUCAGUUGGCGGCCCUCGCGCUCGCGGGGCUCGGAGGCCUGCAGGAGCGCGUCUCUGCUGUGGACGGCAGAAUCCUGGACGUGGCUGGCAUCAGCACAGACAUUCUGACAGCAGAGGGUGCGAAGCAGGCGCUGGCGCCCCCCAGGGAGGUGCGCGGUAUGGCGCUCACGCCAGGGGCGGUGGGUCUGUGGCUGACUUGGCACGGAGUGCUGCUGCGCCUCGCGCAAGGACCUGCAGACAGUGGUUGCUGCCUGGUCGUGGAGGACGACGCCGCCUACGUGGACGGCUUCCUGCGCAAGCUGGGCGCGGUCCUGGAGGCGCUCGACUCUUUUGACCCCAGGUGGGACGUCUGCGCCGUUGGGUACAUCCGCUCCAAGUCGUUCUCCGAGCCCCUCGUGGGCGACCUGCCCAAGGAGGGGCCCAGCGGCCCAGAGCCGGCCAUUGCCAGGGUCGCGCGGUUGUGCGGCGCGUCGGCCCUCCUCAUACGCGGGCCCGCUGCCGCGGAGCGCAUGCUCGGCGUCCUCUUCCCCGUGCCCCCGAGCUCGCAGUGGGACCUGCGGCUGAACUUCUCCGGCGGCCCAGACGGCCGCCUGUCCAUGUUCAUGUCCGCGGACCCCCUAGCCGCCGCGCCGCUCUCCGAGGCCGGCGACACCGACAUCCAGCGGCUCCCCGAGGGCCGGCGGGAGGAGCUGGAGCUCGAGGCCCACAUCCGGCACGCGCUGUGCGACGGCGUGCGGCCGAGGAUGCCCGCGAUCGCCCGGGCGGAGAGCGACCAGCAGGCCCUCGCGCGGGCGCUCGCCGCCAUGGACGGCGCCGCCCGGGACCGGGCGAGGCGCGCCCUGGCCCCGGGAGGCUGCGCGGAGGCCGAGGUCGCCGAGCUGGUGCGGGAGCUGGAGACCGCCGUGGCGGCGUGCCGCGGCCCGCCGCCCCGGAGGCGGCGGGCGGCGUGGAGCGUGGCCGACCGCUUCUCCGUGAGCUCUUGGAGCAACUGGCGGGAGACCCACGAGCUCCUCCCGUUCAACAGAAGACAGGUCCGACAUCCUCUCGACGGCGCUCGCGUGCAAAGAGCUAAGGUCCGCGUGCAUCCUGGCUGCGUCGAGGAGUUUCAGAUUCUCAUCGACUCUGACCGUGCACGGCGCUUCGUUCCAGCCCCAUCUGGCAACAGCAGUUGGGUAUGCGGUCCAUCUACGGGCGUCGACGGCAGAAAUUUCAGGGUGGAUGUCCCUUUCGGGUGCGACCAGAUGUGGAUUUAUUGGGAUCCAACUGGGCCGCGGUACGUCACGACCGAGGUUGCGAAGUAAGUUCCCAUGCGUACACGCUCCUUGACUGGCUCCAGUUGGAAAUUGUCGACGCUUCGCGUAUCCUCAUCAGUGUCUUCAGCCGCUGCUUUAGGCCUAUUUGACCCUUGCGACGGCGCGCGGCCGUACCGCUUGCGCUCGCGAAC